AUGUGCAUGGCAGAUGGAAAGGGCGACGUGGCGUUUGUUAAACACGCAACCACCAAGGAAGUGGUCACAAAAGACCCCGGAAAAUAUGGCGCAGUGUCAGACUACCAAUACCUGUGCAAGGAUGGGACAAGAAAAGGUAGAUAACUUUUUUUUUUUUAUGAAACAACAAAUAUGAGAUCUAAGGAAACUUGGAACAUGGUAACAGAAAGUUAUUAUAAAGGAUUAGGACUUACAAUCAGUUCACCUGUUUGAAGGAUAUACAUGUAAUUGUUCUAAAAUUUGAGUGAAUAUUGUCAGGUGAAUUGAUUAACGUUCUUCCAUAUUAUUAAACUAUGCGCUGUCUCUUUAAGGGUGGGGGAGGGGGCUCUUAUUCACUCAUAUGAUCAAUACCUCAAGAACAGAACAGAUAAUUGUAGGUAAGGCUGUAGGAUAGAUAAUUACAACGAGUAACGUUUUCGCACUUUACUAGAUAGCUCCGGGGCCUAGUGUUGACACAAUUUCGGCGCGAUUUCCGUAGCGGAGUGAAGUUGGGCCGCACCGAUCUCGAUAGUAAAGCGUCACAUAUCGGAUAGGUUCACACUUUGGCGCAGUGUGAACAGGCAUUCCGGCUAUAGUGGGGGUCAAUAAGUAGGAGCGAGGACUGGAAUCCACUGAGACGGAAGUAAAUAUUCAGGAGAGAGGACUGGGAUUUAGUUGUUUGUUAAGUAUGAAAGGCUAGGAUUCUUUCAAUAAUGCCGGCUGUUACUGUUCAUACUAUACCGAAUGUCUUUUCGUAGCGUGUGUCAGCAUGAAAAGUUCCGGUAUAGUAUGAACAGAGAUUCAUCAGCGCGUUCUAGAUCAAAUUAGCCGAAAGCUGGAUAGAGGAGGACAAGUCGAUAUAAUAUAUCUGGACAUGCCUGGUUUUGGGGGAACCUGCUAACAUGGCUGAAAUCGUACCUGCACAAUCGAUCCCACCAACAACAACUACACCAAACCCCUUGCCUGUGACUUCAGGGGUCCCACAGGGAUCGAUCCUAGGCCCCAUGUUGUUCCUUCUGUUUGUGAACUCUUUGCCAGAUGCUGUUAUAUCAGGCCAGAUUGCCGCUUUUUCCGAUGACACAAAGAUUUUCAAAGAAAUAACAUCAACGCGCGAUGCAGAACAAUUUCAGGAGGACCUAUCUAACCUGGUCACGUAGUCAGAUUCUGCUAACAAAACUUUAACUACAGCAAAUGCAAAGCGCAGCGCAUCACGAGGAAACUUAAACCCGUCAUCUUUGUCUAUCAUAUGGUCGGCUCUCAGCUUGAAGUUGUCUGUGCCGAGAAGGAUCUCGGUAUUUACAUCACGGAUAACCUCACGUGGAAUAAGCAAGUCGAUGUGCAAUGCGCUAAGGCCAGCGGGCUCCUGGGAUAUGUACGGAGAAACACUAGACUCGUCAAAAGCAUUACGGUUAGACGCUCAGCGUACCUUACCCUAGUAAGAUCCCAUCUUGACUAUGCCACGCAAGUCUGGACUCCGCAGUCAAUAGACCUGAUUCGAAAGCUCGAGCGUGUGCAGAGGCGCGCUACAAAGCAUAUCCUGGAUCUACCAUUCAUUUGUGACCAAACAUAUGGAGACAGGCUAAUGAUCGGUCUUAACUUAUUACCAGUCUCCUAUUGGCACGAGUUUUUAGGCAUGAUUUUCUUUUGCAUGCAAAGUUGUAACUGGAACAGUUAAGAGUUAGUCCGUCUGUUCUCCCGCAAGUACUAGUUACUCGCACUACCAGAUCUAACAGCAACCGUAAUGUCACUCACUUUAUUUCAAGGAAAUGUAAUACUGUCACCUUUCAGAGAUCCUUUUUUAAUAGAACCACCAGAAUCUGGAAAACGCUAGCGAAUGAUCUUCAACUUUCAUGCAACCUUCAGAUCAGCCAAUUCAAAUCCAUCAUGUACAAGUACUACGUCGAUGCCUUAGAAUAAAUGACUACGACCCAGAGAACCCACGAUCCUCGAAAACCAUCUGUCCGUCAUGUAACGUUUCACGUAACGUGUCUGUCCGUCUCCGUUGUUGUUUUUAAUUGUCACAUGAAGUUUUACUGUUUCUUACAUAUCUUUUAAGCUCUGGGACCACUGUAAUUGGCUCACCGCUGUUGUGGUAGCCCUACCUAUUAAGCAUUUAUUUGUUACUCAUUGUUCAGUAACAGACGAAGCUAAUAAAAUAAAAUAAAAUAAAAAAUGAGAUAAAAAGGACCAACUGCUUUGAUGACCAUUAAAAAAAUACAAAUAAAAACAUAACAUAUGUGUAUCUUUUUAGCUAUAAAAUACCGAGAUUAUAACAUCAAUGACUUCAGUCACUGAAACGCCAACUAUCUAUAUUUAUAUCUAUCUAACUAUAUUUUUUUGCGUAUUCUUAUACAUACUUUAUUUUUUUUUUACACACAUCGUUUUGCCAUCUCCGCCCGCAAAUAGUAAGAGCUAGACGAGGCGGGCAUAGUGGAAAGGUUAUAGCAGUUAUAAACAUUAAAUUAAAAGAAACUUUGAAGAUUAUAUUAAAGUAAACUAAAUAAACUUACCACUGACCAUUUUUUAUUCUUAGAAUGCGAGCAGUCUCAUUUUCCUUUGCAAAGUUACUGCACUAGAAACCCAAGCACGCGAGCCGCGAUAAACGAGGAUGUAAGCCCGAGAAGAAAAAAUAAGUUUUUUCUCGUCUGGUCCUAAUCCCUUAUUGUAACAUAACGUCGUGACCUGCAAACGCUUUGGCUGAGAUAAGAACUAGACAGAUUUUAAGAGAAAAGGCGGAGUGCAAGCAGUUUGACGUAUGCUGGCAUUUGCUCUCUUCCAUUUUAGUCUGUAAAUCUACUCUAGUAUCAAUCAAUCACAAACCCGUUUCAUGAUACGCUGCAGACAAACGGGCGAGAUUGAAUAAGAUUUAACCAAAAAGAAAAAAUUUCAUUUGUAAUGCACUUGUUGUAGCUUUAAGAAAAAAAUCAAUACUUUUGACCAUUUUUCAAGAUUUAAUCUCUAUUUUCAAGACUUUUUUUAGAAUUCAAGACGCUGUACGAACCCUGUAUAAAGUAACGAUAACUUUUUUUUUAUUACUAGACAUUGGACAACACGAGCAGUGUUUCCUUGGGUUUAACCCGGCCCAUGCCGUCGUCACAAGAAAAGACAACUACCUUGACGACAUUGUCACCAUUUUAACAGCCAUGAGCAGCAUGUAUGGCUCAACUAGACAUUGGACAACACGAGCAGUGUUUCCUUGGGUUUAACCCGGCCCAUGCCGUCGUCACAAGAAAAGACAACUACCUUGACGACAUUGUCACCAUUUUAACAGCCAUGAGCAGCAUGUAUGGCUCCAACCAGACCGACUGGACAAAAUUUCAACUAUUUAAUUCCACAAAGUACGGCGGCGGCAAUUUGCUGUUCAAAGAUUCCUCCACCGAACUGGUAGGCAUCUCAAAAGACAAAGGACCUACAAAGGGUAUCUGGGAGACGAACAUGUCAGCGACAUUAAGGCACUGGAAACGUGUGACACUUCAGACUCCACCAAGACCACGCCCUACGCAGUGA